GGAGGAGUAGGCAGUGGUUAAUUCAACCCCUGUCAAGGCUUAUUUAAUGGGGGGGUCUCUGGCCAGGAGUCAGAGGCGCCUCCAGACCAGCAGGAGGAGUAUGGCAGAGGCUCUGAGUCUGGGCUUUAGGGAAACAGCCAGCAUGGAAAUGCUGCCCGAGGAUGGUGGUUACAGGCCCAAGGCCAAGAGCAGCGGACGCUGGGCUCUCACCUGCUACCUGGUGUCUCUUCCUUUCGUGGCAGUGCUCAUCACCUAUCUGCUCAUCAGCCAGCUCCGGGCCCAUGAAGAGGCCUGUGUACAGUUCCAGGCUCUAAAAGACCAGGAGUUUGGACUUUCGCACCAGCGAGCUUACACAUCUUUCAGAGAUGAUGGAGAUAAGCCAAGGGCACACCUCACAGUUAUGAAACAAACUCCCACAAAGUCCUUAAAAAAUCAGUUUCCAGCUCUGCACUGGGAGCAUGAACUUGGCCUGGCCUUCACCAAGAAUAGGAUGAACUACACCAAUAAAUUCCUGAUGAUCCCAGAAGCAGGACAAUACUUCGUCUACUCCCAGAUUACAUUCCGAGGGCUCACCUCCGAGUGUGGUGAGAUCAGCCAAGGUAGCCAAAGAAAGAAGCCAGACUCCAUCACUGUGCUCAUCACCAAAGUAACAGACAGGUACCCGGAGCCUACCCAGCUCUUGAUGGGGACGAAGUCAGUGUGUGAAGUAGGCAGCAACUGGUUCCAGCCCAUCUACCUAGCAGCCAUGUUCUCCUUGCAAGAAGGGGACAAGCUGGUGGUGAACGUCAGUGACAUCUCUUUGGUAGAUUACACAAAAGAAGAUAAAACCUUCUUUGGAGCCUUCUUGCUAUAGGGACAAAGCAGAGUCAUUAUGUGAUAGUCCUGUAUCAUCUCAUUACUAAGUUUCUCCAGACAUAUGUAAUCAUAACCAGGGAUUUAGGGGGUGGGGGUCAGAUGAAGGGUGCAUUCCUUGGAAGCAGUGAUUUAGCAUGGAAAUUUAAGGCCCCAAAGUUUACACUUCACAUGUCUUACUGAUGAGAAUACUAAUUGGAAAAGUCACCAACUGAAGGAAUGGAUGAUCUACUUGCAUCGGGAUUUAAAGAAGGAUAUCUCCACACCCUCCUGCUAUAUACAUUUGUCACCAGUGGCUCAAUUAUUGUUUAAUUUGAUCAUAAAUUUGCUUCAGUUCAGGAGCUCUAAAGAAAUGGCAAAGAAAGUUCUAGAAAACAGUAUAAAGCCUUUGGAAGCAAAAUCUUUCUUCAGUUUCUCCACAUACCUUCAUGCCUUGCCUAAAAAUAAUGAAAAGAGAGUUAGUCUCAUAAAUGUUCUCUAAAAAGGAAUUGAUUUGCAUACCAACUAUGGCAUAUGAAAAAAGCAACUUUUCCAUUGAUUAUGUGCACAGAUAUCAAAAUAACCAAGUAUGAGUUUUAUAUACAUGUCAAAAUUACGGCAAUAACAUUUAGUCAGUAGUUUUCUUGAGUACCUAUUAUGUUCCGGGCACUACCUUAACCCAGACAACACUAUGAAUAACAAGACAGACUCGACUCAAAAUGUAUAUGAAUGCCACUUAACACUUCCUGGCCAAAUUAUCAGUCAUCAUACACUAAAGAAUAACUAAGUCCUAAAAGAAAAAAAUAAUCAUCUGAAACUGUUAUAUAAGAUUUCUGGCUCUUUCUUGACUGUGUAAGCUAUCCAACUGAUUAGGUUGCUCAAGAAACCUGAAGACCAAUUUGUAGCUAACUAGACCAACGGUACAACAUCCUUGCUUCAUGCUAAGAGACAGUGGACUUACUCCCUGAAGGUCAGAGGAAAAAAGUCAAUCACCAAAUCUGGAGAAGUAAACCUAGAUCUGCUCUGAGGUUUGAUUUACAACUUUAUAUGUAGAGUGUUAUGUGAGUAUUUUUCCCAUAAAAUACUCAAGGGUUUUAAAUAUGGGAUUAUCUAAUCAGCCUUGCCAAGGCUACUUUCUUUGGAGAAGAGGCUGGAUAUUGAGAAGGUCUCUUCUGUUUUUCAAUCGGUUCCUAUCGUAUGGUCUGUAUGAUUUUCUUGCACUGAUAUGUCAAGUGUGGGAGGGGUAGCUCUGCUCUCUUAGCCUUUGUUGACUUGUCUGUAAAGUGAGAAUUCACCAGUUUGUUUCCCAGGAUCAAAUGAGUUCUUGGGAAUGAAAUGUGUGAACUUCAUGCAUUCUAUAUAAUCUGAGUAUUUGGGUGUGGCAUGGCCAGUGACUUCUAGCACGUUGGCCUUCUAUUAUACAAAUGCUCCCUACCCUGGGAGACUUCGUAGAUGGAUCUCAGAGCAAACUUGGUGCCAAAAUCACUCUUAGUCUGGUUGCCAAGAGGCAGCAGAGGCAGAAAGAUCCAUGAGAGCAUCCUGAGCACAAUGACCAGUGCAGUAGUAUUACUCCCUAAGUAUUUGUUAAGUUAUAAUUAAAUAAAAACUAAUUUCCAGUUUCUCAGUUGGAAAGUUAAGGUUUAGUAUGUUAUCUUCUCUGAGGCUAACUUGUACCUGUUUCUCACCCUAAGCAUCUCCAGGCAGUCAGUAUGGGACACAGUGGGAACACAAGGAAGGGUGUGGUCCCCUCCACCUGGUUCACGAGAGUCUUCAUAGAGGAAGUGAAGCCUGAAAGAAGGUGGGUGGGCCCCAGAUGGCCACAGGGAAAGGGCAUCUCAGAUGGAGGAAUUACCCUUGGCUUAAAGUAGAAAAGAAAGAUUUCUUAGUAACUCUACUGUGAAGAGUGUUUUUAGAGUAACUCUAAAACUUGACAAGAGAAUGUUCCUUCAACCAACUUCUAGGACAUUUAUUAUUAGCUCAAAAAUCUUUCCUCAAUGACUGUAGUGGGUUCCAUCAUCAGAACUAAAUUCCACUAAGAAAAUAAAAUGCUCUAUCUGCAUCUGUCCCCGGUGUAUGAGAGCACCAAGCCACCUAGAUGUGAGGGAAAAGAUCAGUACAGAAGGGCCCAGAGUGGCCUCUUCAAACUUGCCCAGUGCGCCAUAGGAGGGAGACCUGCUGGAUUUAGAAUUUUAUGCAAGACAGGAAUUGUCUAACAUCCUAAGACAUUUGAAACUUUGGAAAAAUCCCUGCCCUAUAUAUUUUUUGUUCCUGUCACAAGUUUGUUUAUCAAACAAUGUACUGUAGCCCAAGUUUACACUGCUGAUUUUGUUAAAUUCUGUACAACAUACCCUGUUUCCCCGAAAAUAAGACAUCCUCCGAAAAUGAGACCUACUUACAGGAAAGAUAAGACAUCCCCUGAAAAUAAGACUUAGCGCAUCUUUGGGAGCACACCUUAAAAUAAGACACUGUCUUAUUUUCGGGAAAACAGGAUAGUAUGUCUUUUAUUACACAGAGGGCACAGCCAAGAUUUCCUCAUAGGACUCAAGUGAAAACUUCUAUUUCUCCAAGGCAUUAUUGCCAUGGCAAAAAUUAGUAUACUAUUUUUUAAAAUGAGGUGGAAGAAUGCUUUAGAAGAACAUGUUAUGAUCCCUUAAAAGGGGCUAAUGAGGGGGAACAUUCAAGGGUUUAGGUAAAAAGGCACUUGCUCCAGAAAAUAGUUAAUUUAGGAGUGAAAUGCUUGACUGGUUAAAUGUCUUUCAAAAGGCUGAAUUCAAAUCAAUUCCACAAACAUUUACUGAGUACCUACUUGCCCCGGAGACACAGAGAUAAAUUAACUUAGGCUCAGACGAGCUCAUUUUAACUACUCAGCCCUCCAUUGUUUAUAGAUCUUUAAUUUAACUUUGUUGUAUUAGCUAAUUGAUUAGCUAACUUUAGGCACAUUUUAGGAUAUUUUCUCAUAUGAAAAUGGAUGCCAUUUGAUGAAGGAUGAUUACUAACAAAAUGAGUUGUGUUUACUCUAAGUGGUUUUUUCAAAUAACUGUUCAAGGACAGUCUUUCCAUAAAUAAAAGAAGAAAAAGACAAAGACACCAAUUUCUAGGGUGGAAUGCAUUAUUUAAGCCACAUGCAGAGAGAGGUUUUUAUUUUCUGGACUCAGUUGAUCAUCAGCACCCUUAAAAAUAUUAGAAUUUUAUGAAUGACCCAGAUCUGCUCUGAAAAGUCUGUGUUUCUCAGCAAAUACGGAAACCAUGAUCAAAAUGCUAUCGUCACUAACAUUUUGACCCCAGCAUGGUUUAGAUCUAUUUGGCAGAGAAGGAUUCCUUAAAUUACGAAAAUUUCUAGAAGGAAAAGGGAAACGUAUACCUUUUCACUUCCUGAAAUGUGUCAGGUUUGGUUCAAUAGCACGCCAGACACCGGGGCUCCAUUUCAAUCUGAGCUAUAUCACCCCAGAGAAAAUUCCACCUCUCUGUUUGUCAAUAAUCUCUCUGGGUUAUAAAAGUACAGCUAACUCACUAUGAACAAGGCAUGGCCCCUGCCAACAUUCUCUUACAAGGUAUUUUCCCAAGCCCUUACUCAAUCCUGUUUCCAUGAUUGUGACAUUGGGGAUUAAUUCUGUAGGACUAGACUGUUUAUAUUCUGUACCUUAAAAAAAAAAAAAAAACAUGCAGAAAGAAGUCACUUGCCUCAAGAUUUUGUUUUACUCUCCUAAGGCACAGAGUCCUGGAAGUGUUUUGUCAUUUUUGGCAGAAUUUUGUUAAGUACACAUUAUUACCCUGGACACUAACAUCAUUGCAUCAUAUUGGCAGCUGGGUCUAGAAAUAAUUCAGUGAACUGUUAACCCCUUGAAUCCUUCUGCACCAGUAGUAUGGGAGUGUGGGUGACAGCAGCUAUAUCCAUGCUUGCCACACUGUACCAACUUAUUUUCAACUUCCCAAGCCCCGUAGUACAUUUGCCUCCCACUCUAUUUAUCUCCCCAUUUUAAGAUGAAAUAUCACCACCAGCCUGGAUAGGAGAAGUUACUUGUCCAGGACCACACAAUGAACUAAAGGCAUCCUACAGCUAAGAUGCUGUCUUCUUGAAUCAUGGUCCCAGACUCAUCCAAUUCUGUCUACUCUUAACAAGUAACAUUCAUUUAAAUGACUGGAGGAGAAAUUGGAGAGAGAAUCUUCACAUAACUAUGGGGCAGCAUGGAAGGAGGGAAGAGAUUCUUCCAUGCCUCCCCAGAGGAGAGAGCUGCAGUUACAGAGUCACAUCUCUCUGGCUUGAUACCUGAAGGAACUUUCUACUCCAAACCAGAAUUUUUCCAGCUAGUGAUUUUUCAAUCCGUAAAGAUAUUCAAGCUUAUCACCAGGGUUUCUUCGUUGAACUUGUGGGAGGGAUUGAGCCAAAGGAAUUCUGAGGUCUUUUCCAAAUCUAUGAUUAUGUGGCCAUUUUUUUUUUUUUUUUUUUUUGUAGAGACAGAGUCUCACUUUAUGGCCCUCGGUAGAGUGCCAUGGCAUCACACAGCUCACAGCAAACUCCUACUCCUGGGCUUAAGCGAUUCUCUUACCUCAGCCUCCAGAGUAGCUAGGACUACAGGCGCCCGCCACAACGCCUGGCUAUUUUUUUUUUUUUGGUUGCAGUUCAGCCGGGGCCGGGUUUGAACCUGCCACCCUCGGUAUAUGGGGCCGGCGCCUUACCAACUGAGCCACAGGCGCCGCCCAAUUAUGUGGCCAUUUUUAAAUUGACUUCCCUGGAUUCUAUUUAAUCAUUAAUUCUACUUAAUCAUAAUCAUUAUUCUAUGUUAUCCUUAAUAAAUCCUUGUCAAGACUUCAGUGGCUUCCAUCCUUGGAGGAGCCAUCAUUUCCCCACUUGUUCAGAGAGGAUCCACCACAAAAUGACUCUGUGAUCUUGGCCAAUGGAGAAAUGUCCUGGGGCUUUAGAGAUGAUGGGAUCUGCGUCUAUCUAUUCUGAGUUACAUCAUUUCAAGGAUGAAGAAACCCAGGCUCAGAGAGGUGACAUAAAUAAUGGCCCAAGGCCAAACAGUAGCUGGGUGCAGUGUCUAGACUAGAAUCUGUAUCCCUUGACAACAAGCACGGGGUUAGGAGGCAGCAGACUUAACCGUGAGUCACAUCUUUCUGUGAGCAUCUGUCACGUGAUAGCCUUUACCUAGAUGCUAGAGAGUGCAGAGGGAACAUGACAGGCAAGUGCUAUUCUCAUGUGUGUGCAUGUGGAGAUAGAAAAGACACAACCUCGAGUAAAUAAAGCAGCUGAACUUAAUCAAGUGAUUUUAUUCUUAAAGUCAUUAAAACAUGUAACUGUCCCCCUUUUCAGUUUCAGGGGUGUACAGAAUGAACCAAUGUAGGUGUUUGUGUGGUUUUAGUAAUAAGCCCCAUGUGCUUUUAUUGAUUUUAUGUUUUAUGUUAAAACAUCAACCCCAAAGUAAAAUGCAUAUUGUAUGUUGUUAGAUAUGUACUUAACGGUAUGCUUCCCACGUCUUCGGGGCACGACCGUAUGAAUUCUAAUCUCUGUAAAUGAAGCCUUGUAUGUGUUCAUGAAUUUAACACAUGUAACUUAAUAAACUAGCAUUGAA